AUGGGCGAUAUUGGCGGAUCCGGUCGGGUGGUGCAACCCGCCGUAGUUGAGGGCAGGAGCAUGGCCGUGCUGUAUGGGAGCGAAACUGGAGCCUCCGAGGACAUUGCAGGCGAGCUGGGCAAGACAGCCCAACGGCUACAUUUUCAGACGACGGUAGACGAGAUGGAUAACUUCAAGUUGGCAGAUCUCCUUCGCUCUUCGCUGGUCGUGUUUGUCACGUCAACUACCGGGCAAGGUGACAUGCCAAAGAACACACUCAAGUUCUGGAAAAACCUCAGGCGAGAGAAACUCAACAAUACCAACUGCCUCCGAUCGUUGCGGUUUGCCAUAUUCGGGCUCGGGGAUAGUUCAUAUCCUAAAUUCAACUGGGCGGCAAGGAAGCUGCGAGCGAGGCUCCUGCAACUGGGCGCAACAGAAUUCUUCAGGCCCGGGGAAGGAGACGAGCGGCACGAUAACGGUUUCCCUCCCGUCAGCAUUGACAGCAUCUAUCUCCCGUGGUACGAGGAGUUAAAAAAGACGCUGCUCGCCGACUAUCCCCUCCCAGAAUCCCUCAAGCCCAUCCCAGACGACGUCCAGCUCCCGCCUAAAUACCCCGUAGAGCUGGUCUCCAUUAUGGGCGACACGGAUCAUCAUGGCAGCGUGGAUGGUCCAUCGUUGACCAAAGAUGAGCUUCUGUUUCUCGCUUCGAAGACCAAAAGUGCGGACCGCUCUCACGUCGACAACCCUCAGACCACGGCAGAAAAGGCACGGGAAGACUGGUUACGGCGGCAUCUCGCCUUCCCGGCCGACUCGAUCCGCCGAGACGGGGCCUUUGAGCGGAAUGAUCCACGAGCGUUCGAUGCGAUAGACAAGAGCAAUCGACUCAAAGACCACCCGGAGAAAUAUCUUCUCGAGCGACAGCCCGCCAAUCUGCCUGCCUCCCCGCCGGAAUACUUGCUCCCCAUCCCAGAUACGUACGUGGGCACGUUGUUGUCCCACAAUCGAGUCACGCCGUCCAAUCACUGGCAAGAUGUGCGUCAUCUUGCUUUCGACAUCGACGUAGGGGAGAGGGCGUUCCCCGAUAUCCUCCACUAUAGUGGUAGUCUCACUCUUACCGUCUGGCCGAAGAAUUACCCGGACAAUGUCGAUGAGUUAAUCCUCCCAAUGGGAUGGGGAGCAGAGGUAGACGCUCCCCUCCAGCUCAACGGCGUUCCUUCCGGACUGUAUUCACAGGAUCGUGUCACUACCCUGCGGCACCUUUUGACCCAUAACUUAGACAUUACCGCGGUUCCCAAGCGAAGCUUCAUUAGAGGAUUGCUCCAUUUCACCAAUGACGAAAGGGAGCGAGAACGGCUCCUGGAGCUCGUCGAGCCCGGUAAUGAACAGGAAUUCUACGACUACACGUGUCGCCCUCGUCGGACCAUUCUCGAACUGCUGCGGGACUUCACGGGCGUCAAGAUCCCAUACAACAGGGUCCUCGAUAUGUUUCCAGUUAUCCGUGGCCGUGAGUUCAGCGUCUGCAACGGAGGCGAUAGCAUUACUGCGGUCGACGAGCGAUGGCACGUUAAAAUCGAAAUUCUAGUCGCCCUGGUCGAGUACAAGACCAUCAUCCGCAAGCCUCGUCAGGGCCUUUGCUCUCGCUACUUUAAACACCUCCCCGUCGGCACCCGGUUGGCCGUCCGCCUAGCGCCGUCGAGCUCCCACCUCGUACGGGGCGAUGUGGAAGCGAGACGGCCUCUGAUCGCAAUCGCCACCGGCACCGGCGUCGCCCCGAUCCGUGCUGUCAUCCAGGAGCGCGACUACUAUGCUGACGUCGGUGAUACCAUUCUCUUCUUCGGUUCUCGCAACCGUUCAGCCGACUUCCACUUUGCGGACGAGUGGAAACUGUAUACCAACCUCAGGGUCUUUCCGGCCUUCUCGCGUGAUGGCAUCGAGCCCGACCCCCAGGCCACUGUCACCACAGUCAUUCCGCCUCCCGCCUACCCUCUCGCCGCUGCCCUGGAAACCGUCUACCCUAACCAGUACGAUGCGCACAAAAACUACGUGCAGCAUUUGAUCCGGGCACGCGCCGCCGAAGUCGGCGCUCUGAUGCGGAGGCGGCCGUAUGUGCUGAUUUGCGGUAGCAAUGGACGCAUGCCCGUCUCGGUGCGGAACGCCUUGCUGGAUGCGCUGGUCAUUGAUAAGGUGUGCGAAACCAAGGAGGCGGCCGAAAAGUGGCUUUCCAACCCAAGGAAUGUCACCAUGUGGCAGGAAACGUGGUGA